UUAUGGCGGCGGUGUGUGUUUGUCCAUGAGGUGGGGGACGCCUGCAAUUCUUGCGGUCUGUGACAGAGCGAUCCGAGCGAACCGCUGCCAUGGCUGGAGUGUUUGACAUUGAUUUGGACCAGCCGGAGGAAAAUGUGUCCGACGACGAGAAUGAGGAGGCUCAAAUCAAUGAUAUCAUGGACCAGUGCAGUGGAUUUGAGUUCAACAUGGACGAUUGUGAGAAGAUCGAGAUUUCUGAGGAUAACGUCAAUCAGGGGACGGAGAACAUCAGACCGGAGUGCUUUGAGCUGCUGCGUGUCUUGGGGAAGGGCGGUUAUGGAAAGGUUUUCCAAGUUCGAAAAGUUGUUGGAGCUGCAUCAGGCAAAAUCUUUGCCAUGAAAGUUUUAAAAAAGGCUAUGAUUGUGCGCAAUGCCAAGGACACGGCCCACACCAAGGCAGAGAGGAACAUCCUGGAGGAAGUGAAGCAUCCCUUCAUUGUCGAUCUCAUCUACGCCUUCCAGACAGGAGGAAAGCUGUACCUCAUCCUGGAGUACCUGAGCGGAGGAGAACUCUUCAUGCAGCUGGAGCGGGAGGGCAUCUUCAUGGAAGACACAGCCUGCUUUUACCUGGCAGAAAUCUCCAUGGCUCUGGGUCACCUGCACCAGAAGGGCAUCAUCUACAGAGACCUAAAACCUGAGAACAUUAUGCUUAACAGCCAAGGUCAUGUAAAGUUAACAGACUUUGGGCUGUGUAAAGAAUCCAUUCAUGACGGCACGGUUACCCACACUUUCUGUGGCACAAUUGAAUACAUGGCCCCAGAGAUCCUGAUGAGAAGUGGACACAACAGAGCAGUGGACUGGUGGAGUCUGGGCGCUCUGAUGUACGACAUGCUCACAGGAGCGCCACCAUUCACCGGGGAAAACCGGAAAAAGACCAUUGACAAGAUCCUGAAGUGUAAGCUCAGCCUCCCGCCCUACCUCACACAAGAAGCUAGAGACCUCCUGAAACGGUUGCUGAAGAGAAACGCCUCGUCGCGGCUGGGAGCUGGAGUAGGAGAUGCCACAGAGGUGCAGGCUCAUCCCUUCUUUCGACACAUCAACUGGGAGGAUUUGUUGGCUCGGAAAGUGGAGCCUCCCUUCAAGCCUUUCCUGCAAUCAGCUGAAGACGUGAGUCAGUUUGACUCAAAGUUCACCAGUCAGACACCAGUCGACAGCCCGGAUGACUCGACCCUCAGUGAGAGUGCCAAUCAAGCCUUCCUGGGUUUCACAUAUGUUGCUCCAUCAGUCCUGGAAAACAUCAAAGAAAAGUUCUCAUUUGAGCCAAAAAUCCGCUCACCUCGACGGAUCAUGGGCAGCCCAAGAACACCUCUCAGCCCAGUCAAGUUCUCAGGGGGGGACUGUUGGGCCCGGAGCCCCCUCCUUCCCAGCGGAGGACCGAGUAGUGUCCUUCAGUCUCCUCAGGACCAGGCCAUGGAACUGUCCACCCCCGAGCAGAUGGACGUCACGAGCAGCUCCGAGGCCUCGGCCCCUCUCCCCAUCCGUCAGCCUGCUGGGGUCAACCUUGCUCAGAUGAAGCAGCAGGCCUAUCCUGUGGUGGCCAAACGACCGGAGCAUCUACGUAUGAACCUAUGACCCGCCGCAACCGUUUAGGAGAGUUUAUUUCUUGACUCUUUAUUAUUUUUUUUUCCUUUGUUGAUAUUUUUUAAGAAACAAAGCAAAAAGAUAUGGAUGCUAGAGACAAUGAAAAUCCAAAAUUGCACAUCCGCACACUACAUAUACUGUCACAACCUGGAGUUUGUGCGUGUGCCUGGGAUUCCAGCGUGCUACAGAUAAGUGCUACCGACGACAUCACCGUCUCACCACUUCCCCUUCGACACCUCAGGUCUGUUGACCUCCAUCUUCUGCUCCUUCACCCCUAAGAACUGGACUGGUAGGAAUCUUUUCAGGAGCUCCAGCCUGUGUAUGACCGGGAAGGUUAUAAUGUAUCACACAGUAUGCAAGCGCUUCAAAGUGAACUGCAGUCAGUCUAGUGUAGUAGAAGAUGUCCAAAGUGCUUUGUGCUAUUUGAAUGAAUGCCAGUGAGGAAACUGCUUCCAUUGGAAGAUUUUGACAGUACUUCUUCUUAGACAAGAUGCUUCCCUAGCUCUGAAUUAAAUAAUAUGAAUUAGGUUUAUUAUUUAAAAAGAUCAAAGAAAAUCAUUGUAACGGACAAGCAGAGGUUCUGGUGUUGAUGAAUAUAGCUUUAUGUCUUACGAAGUUUUACAAAAUGAACUGCAUUAACUGUGCUAUACAUCAAUGAUGAAUCAGAGAGCCUAAAUUAAAGAGGAAAAAACAA